CCCUUAGUUACUAAAAAGGAUUUCUUUCCAAUGUUUGGAUUUAAGAAGUUCGAAAGACUGCGGUCGAGUUCCAGCUGAUUUCUCGAGAAAGGUAUGGAUCCGUCUCAGGCCAACAAAACGGCGGCGGUAAUCGGAGGAGGCGGUGGGAAUGGAAUCAUAGCCUCACAAUACGCAUCGCCGACGGAUUUUUCGGCUGCCGCAACACCUAUUGACGAUUCUAAGCAAAACUUGGCUCAAGUAAUAAAUUCGAUCCAGAAGACGCUGGGCCUCCUUCAUCAGCUCUACCUUACCGUCUCCUCCUACAACGUCGCCUCUCAACUUCCUCUCCUCCAGCGCAUGAAUAAUUUGGUUAUGGAACUGGAUAACAUGACAAGAUUAGCGGGGAAGUGUAACAUUCAGAUUCCCAUGGAGGUUCUCAAUUUGAUAGAUGAUGGGAAGAAUCCUGAUGAAUUCACACGAGAUAUGUUGAAUGGUUGCAUUGCCAAGAACCAAAUUACCAAAGGGAAAACAGAUGCUUUCAAGGCCUUGCGAAAGCAUCUUCUUGAGGAACUGGAGCAGACAUUUCCUGAUGAAGUUGAAUCUUACAGGGACAUUCGGGCAGCAUCUGCAACUGAGACAAGACAAUCUGCACAGCCACAGAACAUGCUUCCAAAUGGAGAUAUGAAAGUAAAACCAGAGACAUGAUAAUGAUUUCGUUUGAAGUACCAAACCACUGAGUAAAGGUGAAUUUGAGAUUUAAGUUGCAAAUAUGGUUGAAAAUUGAUAGUAUAUGCUUGGGAUACAGACAUUGUUUCUGUUCUUGGAUGAAUACUUGAGACUCAAAUGCAUUAUUUUAGUUGUCCACUUUCUAUCACUCUUUAAAGAUAACAUGUACACUUUAUAUUGUGUUGUAUGAUCCAGACAGACUAUUGCUAUUGCAAUA